AUGCCGGAAGUGUCGAGGUCCGUCGAGGUGGGGGCACCGAUGGCGGAACUGGUGGCGGAAGAGGAGGCCGCGGAAAGGAAGGUGGCGGAACCGGAGGCUAUGGCGGAACCGGUGGCGCCGGCGGAACAAGACAUUUCGGCAGAAGAGGAAGCGGUGGAAAGGAUGGCGGCCGAACCGACAACGGCGAAACCGGUGGCGGCUGCGGAACAGGAGGCGGCUGGGGCACCGGUGGCGGCGAUGGAACCAGAAGCAGCCAAAGAGGAUGCGGCAGAAAGGGAGAAGGCAGAACAGGUGGCAGCGGAACCAGAAGCUGCGGCGGAACCGGAGGCAGAGAGGGCUCCUUCAGUGGAACCAGAGGCGGAGAAGGGUCCUUGGAUGGAACCAGGGGCAGAGAGGGCUCGUUCGGCCGAGCCGGAGCCGGAGUCAGUGUUGGCGGCUGUACCGGUGGCGGCGGCGGCACCGAAGGCAUCUACGAAGCCCGCAAAGACGACUAGCACAACUAAAAGUGUAACUGAAUAUUACACCGAUACAUUUUAA